AUGUCGUCUUAUAGUUCGCUCUCACAGCAGCAGACUAACCAACCUGUUCCGCAGGAUCUUGAUUUCCUUAUAAAUGACUUGAGGUUUCCACCCCAAAACAUGUCUGUGAAGAAGGUCCUCGGUUACAUACUCCACUACUUGCCGUAUGUCAAGCAGGAGCAAAAUCUUCGCCUUUUAUUGUCCGCUUUCUUGAAUAAUCCAACAUGCUUCGGUCUGGUACGCAAUAGCAUCCAAGCACCUGCUAAUUUCGAUGAAAUCUACCUUAUAAUUGAGGUUUUCAAAAUGGUGGCAGACACCAAGUUGAAAAUUUCACAACCUUCAAUAUCGAUAAAGAAAUGGUAUACUGUGGUAGGCAAGGAGCUACACAAUUUUUUGGCGUUUGAUCCAACGGUAAACGGCUGGAAGGUUUUACCAAUUAUUGCUGGUUUGAAGUUAUCCAGUCCUCUAAGAGAUGAUUUAUACACCAAGAGGAAUUACAUUUCUUAUGGCUGGUUCUUCUCUGAUUGGGACUCCAAAAUGACUCAAUUGUUCAAGACUGGAUUGCUGAGCGGCUGUUUGUCGGAUAUCUAUCCUACAGAUAUUACCAAUUUAAGUUUAAUGAGCUUGGGAAUCUUUCAUGAUGUUGAUCAGAAUAUCUUGUCGUUUACUGAGGGCUUGACCUCGGAGAAGUUCGUGGUACAUCGAUUAGUUGACAUGUUGGUCUCCAUUGAACCUAAAAUCCGACACACAUUUUUUGAGCAAGACAUUGCCGACACCACCAUUAUUUUCAAUGAUCCUAUCCUUAAGCAUAUCAAUAAGAUAUCGCUACUUUUGGAAAGUUACUUGAAAAGAUUGCCCAUAACUACUGGCAGGCAGACCGAUGUCAACUAUGAGUUUGUGUCGUACACUGUGGGGAGAAUCUUGGAAUUCAAUCGAAUUAUCAAUCAUAUGUCUCAAAACUCGAUAAAGUAUAACACGCCAAAUAGGGGGAUAGUCAAGGAACCAGCAAUGGACAAUUACUGGUAUGUGAUGAAAUCUGUCUUGUUCGGCCAAACGUUAAUCUUCCAAGGAAUUCUUACGGGAUUUGUGACCAACAGAAACAGCAUUAUACCUUUGUACAAGGAUAUUGCCUUGAAAAUACUUCAAAAUUUAUACUAUCUCAAUUUCAUUCUUCUUUCCAUUGGACAAGGUGGUUUUGACAGCUAUAAUUUUGUGUACUAUCUUACUAUUGAGGUUGCUCUUGAUGGUGGAGCUCUGGGACAGUUUGAGCACCUUACGUCUUACUUAAUCGGCGAUUACAGGGAAUUAAAUUUAUUUAACGUUCACCGAAACUAUAUCAUGAGAUCAAAGGUACUAUUUGUGAUGGGAUUGUGGGAAAAUUAUUUGAAUCAACAGCAAAGAAAUAAGAACGUGAAGUUUGCCCAGGAGCAAAUAUCUCCUGUAUGCUUCUCAUUGGCGCAAAAUCACCCUGCUGGCGUCGACUUUGAUGUCAUCGAAAGUGCACACUCCGUACUUUUAUCAUUGUUUUCUCGAAACAAAAAGGACGUGAAUACUCAAGAAGUUAUGGAAUAUAUUAAUCUUGUCUUGGAACAAUUUCCCCUUCUUUUAUCUGCUAAUCAAUUGAGUAUUGCCAUAGAAACUAUUGGGAAAUUUAUAUUAUCAAACAUGUCUCGUCCAAAUUUGGACGGGAUCGAGAAUAUGGAAUACGUGCAAUCUGGACUUGAGUUUUUGGACUUCCUUUUCAAUCGUUGCUUUCAUGCUAAGCCAGGCCUCAAUAUUGGACUGAACAACCUGUUUACUACCAUUAACACUGCACAACCAAUUGCUAAAUAUGAGGCAAACUCAACCAUGCUGCACAUUGAGGAUGAAAGUGCUGGUGAUAAUAUGAUAGAUAUUAUUGACUCAAAUAAAAAGAAGAAGCCUAAGGACUUGUACUUUGGUCCCCAAUGGGAAAAGAGCAAAAAGGAAAAGCAACAGCAGCGAGAGAAAGAAAGGGCAUCUGAGGCUUUUCAAGAAAGACUUUCUCCGGAGACAAUAAGAGAAGCGUUGGUGUUUUCUUUCAUAAAUCUUAUUCCAUACUUGCCCUUGAGUAUUCUCACAGAUUGGUUAGAGAAAAUAUGGAUUUUGAUUGAAAAAAGUAACCCAUCUGAGGGUCAAUUCUUAAUCAAGAUUUUGUGGAGAGUUAUCAGUGAGAACUUGGAUUUGAAUAGAUGUGAAUUGGCAUACACUUGGUGGUACGAAGAAAAGAAGAUUCCUGAGAAAUUGUGA